CAAGGAUGGAGAGUUAGGGGACAAAAAUAACCUUAGUGGUGACUGUGUGUGUAAUGUGCUGGGUGCGCUCUAAUAUUAGGGCAGUCUGCUUGUGUCUUUAAAAACCUUUUUAGAUUUAGUAGAAUACUUUGUUGCAAAAUGGUUAUUAAAGUUUUCCUCGCAUCUUCAUCUGGAUCGACAGCGAUCAAGAAGAAGCAGCAGGAUGUAGUAGGGUUCCUGGAAGCCCUCAAGGUGGAAUAUUCUCAGAUGGACAUUGCCUGCAAUGAGGAGAACCGCAUGUGGAUGAGGGAGAACGUUCCUGAGGAGAAAAAGCCCAGCAAUGGGAUUCCACUGCCCCCUCAGAUCUUCAAUGAAGCCGGCUACUGUGGGGAUUAUGAGACGUUCUUCGAUGCCAAAGAAGACAACCAGGUGUAUGCCUUCCUGGGCCUGCCUCCUCCUCCAGGGUCCAAGGAAGCCCUACAGGCUGAAAAGGCUCUUAUCGUUGAGAAUGGGAAUGAUGCAGAGGAGCACCCUGAUGAUGACACACUCAAAAAAGAAAUUCCGGCAGAGGAGUGUAACGGAGGAGUACAUGGAGAGGAGGAGGUAACAGAAGAGAUACUAUCAGAGGAGGGAGGUGAAGUGGAGGAGAGUGGAGGCGCUGAAGAGAAGGCUGCUGAGGAGGCAGAAGGCAAGGCGGCAGAAGACGAGACAGCAGAAGACGGGGCGGCAGAAGACGAGACGGCAGAAGACGGGGCGGCAGAAGACGAGGCGGCAGAAGACGAGGCGGCAGAAGACGAGGCGGCAGAAGACGAGGCGGCAGAAGACGAGGAGGCCGAGGAAUCAGCCGAAGACACAGAGGAAGCGUCAGAAGACACUAAGGCCCGUGUAGAGGAGGAAGAGGCUGAGGAAGAAGCAGAGGAUGAAGAGGCAAAGGGAGAAGACGAUCAGCCGGUCUCUGAGGAGGAAGAGGAUGUGGUGUCGGAGGAGGAAGAAGAGCUGCUGCAGCUUGAGGAGGAAGAAGACGAGGCGGCAGAAGCAGAGGAAGAGGGGGAAGAGGAGUAACCUGGAGAGAGACUAAGGAUGCCAUGUGUUGCUGCCCAGCUUGGCCCUCCCAGACCCUGCGACUGCCCCGUCCCUCUACCCGUCAGCGCCCGGAACGCACACUCACCGCCCGCUGGAGAUCUAAUGCUGAACGGCCCACCCACACGACACACAUCCCUCUCCCCCAUCCCUCCUCUUCAGGACUGCAAUGUUCGCCGAAUUUUUAUAUUUAGCAUUUGGCGGUUAGGACAUUAGAGAACAAUGUUUACUACUGUUCAUAACAUGUAUAGCACUGGUUGUUUUCGAAAUACAGUAGCUUCCAUUCAAAAAAAGCGAGCGUAAUCUUUAGUUGUAGCAAUUAUUUGUUCGAAACUCUCUUUGUUUCUUAUUGUACAUAAAGGCAUGAUGUGACAGAUUUCAGACAUACAUCUAUAUGUUUUCAAAUUGGAAAUGGCCAUUUUAUACCAGUUUGUACAGGAUGAGAAGUCUUUAGGAAUUGGUCUGAUCUGUCAGUAUUUCAGUGAACAGAUCAUUGCGAUUUUCUCACAAAAGGCACAUAAUGAAGUGAAACAAGUCAAUUUCCUUGACUCAGCGGCCUAUCUGACGGACUUUUUCUUUCUGACUGAAACCUACAUAUCAAUGCAUCUGACACAAUGUAAAUGUUCUAUCUACAUGUAUGAAUGCAACAUACUUGCUCCAUACCAUGAUCUCCAUGCAACAUGCCAUCCAUUAUAUACCUAAUGACUGUUAGCUUCUGUGUACGACUACUACUACACUGUCCACGGACCUAUGCACUUUGUUGAAUGUAGAAGGAAACGAAUGAAUGACUCAUAAUACCCAUCGAUGUAUAAAGAAUAUGCCAAUAAAGUAGAGUGGUUUGAACAACCGA